AUGGCUGCUUAUCAACCGAUUAGAGGAAACGGACCAGGUUUGCAAUUCUUAAAUUUCCAAUUUGGAGACACCACGCAUACUAAGGUUUUUGUUGGAGGGCUGGCAUGGGAGACGCAGAGUGAGACGCUGCAUGGUUAUUUUGAUCAAUUUGGAGAUAUAUUGGAGGCUGUUGUCAUCACUGAUAAACAUACAGGGAGAUCUAAAGGCUAUGGAUUUGUAACAUUCAAUGAUGCUGAAGCUGCAAAGAGGGCCUGUGCGGAUCCUACUCCGGUUAUUGAUGGUAGAAGAGCAAACUGUAAUCUGGCCUCGCUUGGACGGGCCCAACCUUCUUUAACUUAUGGACAUCUGAGACCAGCGGGGCAGUACUUCUGGAGUUCCCAGAACCCUGGGGGAUCUUUUGUAGGGAGCUCGAGUUACCGCCAACCAGUUCCUUAUGGUUAUCAGCAAUACCCUUAUUAUGGGUAUCCAGCUUAUGGGCCCGAAUAUGUCUUUCCUCAGGUUCCAUAUAAUCCUUAUGCGGGCCAGCAUCACCCACAGAUGUUGGGCCUUCCUGGUUUGGUUAACCCUAAUGCUUUUUCAUAUGGUCAAAUGGGGCCUCCUCCCCCUGGCAGCCCAGGGUAUAGAGCUAUUCAGGGAAUGGUAACACCUGGUCCUAAUGUUCUGCCAUACGGUAGACCUAAUGUAAGCGGAGCAACCACAGAUAUUAUUCCAAUGCCUCCAACACCAUACCUUACAGGUGUUGCUCCACCAUCUUUUGGGCAGGCAAGGAGUAUAGUUCCCGCCCAUCCUUCCUCGUUCUCCCGGAGUGCUGGUUCCGAAUGAAGAGGAUUUGAUUGGUAGAGGAACUGGAUGACUAUCACUUGGUACUUCGGCAGACUUCACUUUUCGCCUUGGAUGAAUUUCCGUUACUGUCAAGAGGCCAUGAGAAGUCGUGGACGAGGGUCAAAUCGAGUCAAUUAUCAGAAGUCGGAACUCUGAAGCCCGGAGUACGAGGUUAAAAGUGCAAAGACUGCAUUUAUAGCUGGUAACAGACAAACAUGUCUCCUUAACAAGAUUGCUGGAAUCUGGUUUCCUAGCAGUCAUGAACGAGCGAAUCAACAUAUGAUUCCUCAAUCGUCAACUAGACCCUGGUGCGUGCGCACUAGGGUCCAUUGCUUAGCUUUGUGUUAUCCAUUAUGAGCCAUAUAACCAAUGUACUCCAAAAUUUCAAUUUGACUGCAAAAUGGGAGCUAGUGGUUCGUACCCACUCUUGAUUCGGUUCCUGGUUCAAGCCAAGUCUCAAACAAGUGAAGCGAACAUAAAUAAGACCUGUUUAUUUGGGUUUAGUAAGAAACAGUUUAUAUUUAUGCAUGAUUUCUCUUAUGAGUUGAUGGCUUAAUCAUGAGAUCAAAUCUAGAUAUUGGCUUCUGUAAAAAGCCAAAUUUAUGGAUUCUUUGAUUUUGUUGUUAUGUUUCCAUGGAUGAACAUUAGUCUUAUUGUUUUCUUGUAGCACUUUUUGCAAGUAUUUCAACCAUGGGUGUGUUUUCUUUGUUAA